GUUGGGAACAGAGGGAGUUCAUUUACUGAUCAGAGUGUGCCCUGAGAGGCCGCGCUGCUCCUUCUCCCACAUUCACUGGGGCGUCUUGCUCUGCAAGUGCAGUUGCAGGCGGUUCGGGAGCACACGCCCCAGGCCUGCCGCCCGCUGCUUCUGUGCCUCUGCAUCUGCCCCCCCCCGGGUCCCAAGUUCCAGCGACUUCUCCUGUCCCACACUCCGCUUUGCUCCCCGUGUGUCCUGAAGAAAGGGGACGUGCUCCCGAGAUUUUCCACGGCAAGCAGAGUUACAGAGAAAGAGGCAGAGACAGAGGAUGAAGAUCUUGUGUCUGCUGGUUCACUCAAGAGACUGCAAUGAAUAAUGCUGGCCCAGCCUGGAAGUCCAACCAAGACUCCACAAAUGUCCACAAUGGCCAGAUCUGAGCUAAUCUGAAGUCAGGAGCCAGUAGCUUCUUCCAGGUCUCACAUGUGGCUAUAGGGGACCAAGGACUUGGGCCAUACUGUGCCACUUUCCCAAGCACAUUAGCAGGCAGCUGGAUUGGAAGUGGAGCAGCCAAGACCUGAACCAGUGACCAUAUGGGAUGCAGACCAGGGCCUCAACCAGCUGUGCCACAGCACCGGCCCCCAAAACUGACUUUCAAAUAAAUAAAUCUUUUUUAGAGGAUGGAUCCUUUUUUAAAGGAUUGGAUUGGUUCCCAGCAUUUUAUUUGGUGGUGGCUUAAUCUACUGUGCCACAAAGCCAGACCACCCUUUAUCCUGAUGAUUUGUGUGUCCAUAUCUUGGUGAACAAAUAUUGGUAUUACGUCAGACUCUUCUGUUUGGUUUUGAUUCCCAUUUGUUGAGUUAUUUUGGCUGUCACUUUUGGGUGGCAAGCUGUGAUGUCGUCAGUGGCUAAAGCUGCCGUGUGUUAGGCUGGCACUGAUUCUACCUUUCCAUGUCUUCAAAUAGAAGUGGAAAAGGAAAUCUUCUCAAAACUAACAUGCUACAAAGUAACAACUGGAAAUCAAGCUUCCUUUCUUCUCACCUAACAGACCCAGUUGGUCUCUGUGUUUCUCAUUUUAGCCCAAACCUGUAUCAGAUUCCUAGAGCAGAAGGAAGCUUAUUUUUUAAGGCAGGAUUCAUAGAUGUGGUUGUCCAUUCACCUCUGAGAAUUAAAGCCGUAACUCUGCUUUUUGACUGGUUUUCAGUUUGUGGUGGUGCCGUCUCUCACAGGAGGACAGAUUCCUCACAUAAUACACCUAGGUGGAGAAAACUUUAUGGAGUUGGUUUUCCAAAGUGAAACGGAAUUCUGGCCUGGACAUCCUUGAGAUCAUGAUCAGCAGAGUGGGGAAAUUCUUAGCUAUGUCCAUUCAUAGCCUUUCCUUUUGUGUUCAGUGUAUCCCUCCCUUACAUAGUGCUCCGUGCUCUCCUGUUGCACACACACAAGGCGUGUCUGUGAUUGAGGCUGUUUGUACCACUGCAGUAUUUGGAGUUGCCUUUGUCUCCCUCUCUAACCAGAAACUCAGAUGCAGAGUGAGGAGGGGACUGUCACCCUGCCACACAAGGUUUCGGCCCCUUGCUCCUUUACUUUUCUUCAGUGCAGGAGCAGCCUUAGACAGAGCUGUACUGGGUAGUAGUAUUUCUUUUGGAUUUGAGUGCUUGGAUAGCAAAAGAAAUAAAUAUUUUUUCUUAUAGAACAGAUUGAGGAGGCACUACAUAAAGUCUGCAGCAACUUUCUUGGCUCCUGUUACAUGUCAAGAUGAGUCAGAAUAUUUAGGGCCAUUUGUUAAUUUUUUUUAAAAAAAAAAUUAAAAAUAUUUAUUUAUUUGAAAGGCAGAGGUACAGAGAGAGAGACAUAAAUCAUUUAUCCACUGGUUCACACCCCUAAUGGCCACAACAGCUGGGAUUGGACUGGAUUAAAGUCAGGAGCCAGUCCCUUCUUCAACAUUUCCCAUGUGGAAGCAGGAGCACAAGCACCAUCCUUUGCAGCUUUCCUAUGCACAUGAAGGAACUGGAUCAGAAGUAGAGCAGCUGGGACAUGAACUCAUGCACAAUAUGGAAUACCAGCAUCACAGGUGAUGAUAGCAUUUGAAGACCUGGCCGUGUACUUUAGCUGGGAGGAAUGGCAGAAAAUGAACAAUGCUCAGAAAACCCUGUACAGAGAUGUGAUGUUGGAGACCUACAGCAGCCUGUUCUCCUUAGGGCCCUGCAUUACCAAACCUGACUUGAUCUUCAAGUUGGAGCAAGGAGCAGAGCCAUGGAUGGUGGACGAAUGCCUGAAUCAGAGCCUUUCAGUUGGCAUGAAAAGGGGUGACCUGAUUAAGAUCAACCAGGAAAGUCAGGACAAAAAUCUGAAUCAGGAUUUUAUGAAAAAUAACAAGACAUCAGCCUCCAAGAGAGUUGAAUUAAAAAAAACACUUAGUUUAAAUUCAAGCCAUAUUCCAACACUGAUUAUUGAAAAGGGAACCUAUUCAGGAUUGAAGCCUGAGGAAUGCAAUAUAUGUCACACUGUGUAUCCCCGCAGUGGACCUGAUCAACUACCAGCUGGAGAGAAAUUUGAUAACACUAAGGUACCUGGAAAUUCUCUCCAGUUCUGUGAGCCUCUCUGUCAGCAUGACAAGAUUCACAUCAUGAAGCAGCCAUUUGGACCCAUUGGACAAGGAGAAGUCUUCACAAGGAAGAUGUUCUGUAAAUCUGAGAGGGCUCACAUGGGAGAAAACUGUAAUAAGGCAGCUGUCACUUUUGGAAAAGCAACUCAAAUAGAAAAAGCUAUCCAUGAAAAUUCUAGCCUCAAUAUGCAUCAACAAACCCACACAAGAGAGAAAUUUUAUGAAUACAUUAGGUAUGUUGAACCUGUCAUUCACCAAUCAUAUCUUGCAAUAAAUCGGAGACCACAUAUAAGGGGAAAACUCUACACAUGUAAACCUUGUGGAAAAUCACUAAGCUCUAAUUCACCUUAUGAAUGUAAUGGCUGUGGAAAAGCCUUUGGACAAAAGUCAAACCUCAUCAUACACCAGAGAAUUCACACAGGGGAGAAACCUCACAAAUGUAAUGACUGUGGAAAAGCUUAUGGCCAUAAGUCAGACCUUAUGAAACAUCAGAAGAUUCACACAAGGGAGAAAACUCAUAAAUGUAAUUACUGUGGAAAAGCCUUUGGACAAAAGUCAUAUCUCAUAUCACACCAGAGAAUUCACACAGGCGAAAAACCUUAUGUAUGUAAUGACUGUGGAAAAGCCUUCAGACAAAAGUCAACCCUCAUCAUGCAUCAGAGAAUUCACACAGGGGAGAAGCCUCAUGAAUAUAAUGACUGUGGAAAAGCCUUUACACAAAAGUCACACCUCAUAAACCAUCAGCAAAUUCACACAGGAGAGAAACCUCAAGAAUGUAAUGACUGUGGGAAAGCAUUUGGCCAUAUGUCAGCCCUCCUCAUACAUCAGCGAAUUCACACAGGAGAGAAACUUUAUGAAUGCCUUCAUUGUGGAAAAGCCUUUGGCCGUAAGUCAUCCCUCCUCAUACAUCAGCGAAUUCACACAGGGGAGAAACCCUAUGAAUGUAAUGACUGUGGGAAAGCCUUUGGACAAAAGUCAAACCUCAUAAUGCACCAGAGAAUUCACAGAGGAGAGAAACCUCAUGAAUGUAAUGACUGUGGAAAAGCCUUUGGCCAUAAGUCAGGCCUUAUGAAACAUCAGAGAAUUCACUCAGGUGAGAAACCUUAUGCAUGUAAUGACUGUGGAAAAGCCUUUGGCCAUAAGUCAUCCCUCCUCAUACACCAGCGAAUUCACAGAGGGGAGAAACCUCAUGAAUGUAAUGCCUGUGGGAAAGCCUUUGGCCGUAAGUCAGCCCUCCUCAUACAUCAGCGAAUUCACACAGGGGAGAAGCCUCAUGAAUGUAAUGACUGUGUAAAAGCCUUUGGACAAAAGUCAAACCUCAUAUCACACCAGCGAAUUCACACAGGGGAGAAACCUCAUGAAUGUAACGACUGUGGGAAAACAUUUGGCCGUAAAUCAAACCUCAUGAUCCACCAGAGAAUUCACACAGGGGAGAAACCCUAUGCAUGUAAUGACUGUGGGAAAGCCUUUGGACAAAAGCCAAACCUCAUAAUGCACCGGAGAAUUCACACAGGAGAGAAACCUCAUGAAUGUAAUGACUGUGGAAAAGCCUUUGUACGAAAGUCAGAACUCAUGAAACAUCAGCAAAUUCACACAGGGGAGAAACCUCAUGAAUGUAAUGACUGUGGAAAAGCCUUUGGCCAUAAGUCAUCUCUCCUCAUACAUCAGCAAAUUCAUACAGGAGAGAAGCCUCAUGAAUGUAAUGACUGUGGAAAAGCCUUUGGAAAAAAGUCAACCCUCAUCAUGCAUCAGAGAAUUCACACAGGCGAGAAACCAUAUGAAUGUAACAGCUGUGGAAAAGCCUUUGGACAAAAGUCAGACCUCAUGAAACAUCAGCAGAUUCACACAGGGGAGAAACCUCAUGUGUGCAAUGACUGUGGAAAAGCCUUUGGCCAUAAGUCAACCCUCAUAGUGCAUCAAAGAAUUCACACAGGGGAGAAGCCUCAUGAAUGUAAUGACUGUGGAAAAGCCUUUGGACAAAAGUCAAACCUCAUAGUGCAUCAAAGAAUUCACACAGGGGAGAAACCUCAUGAAUGUAAUGACUGUGGAAAAGCCUUUACACAAAAAUCACACCUCAUAAGCCAUCAGCAAAUUCACACAGGGAAGAAACCUCAUGAAUGUAAUGAUUGUUGAAAGCAUUUGGCCAUAAAUCAGCCCUCCUCAUACAUCAGCGAAUUCACACAGGGGAGCAACCUGUGAGAAACAUAAAUGUAAUGACUGUGGAAAAGCCUUUGGCCAAAAUCACACCUCCUAUCACAUCAGAGAAUUCACACAGGACAGAAACCCUAUGAAUGUAAUGACUGUGGGAAGCUUUUGGCCAUAAGUUCCAACUCAAAAUGCACCAGAGAAUACACACAGGGAAAUAACCUUAUGAAUGUAAUGACUGUGGAAAAAUCUUUUGCUAUAAAUUGUACCUAUGACAAAACAGAAUUCACAAAGGGCAGAAACCUUAUGAAUCUAAUGAGUGUGGGAAAGCAUUUUGCUAUAAAUCAUAGCUCAUAUCACAGCAGAGAAUUCACACUGGGGAGAAUCUUCAUGACUAUGGAAAAGCCCUUGGCAAUAAGUCACAUCUCAGAAUGCAUCACAAAAUUCACAUGAAGAGAAACCUUUUGAACAUAAUGACUUGAAAAGCCUUUUCCCAUAAUUCAGCCCUCAUUGCAUAUAAUCUAAUUCAUAUAGGGGAAAAAAACUUUGAAUAUAAUACAUAUGGAAAGGCCUUUAUCCAUCAGUAACACCUCAUAAAAUUUCAGAGAAUUCACUUGGGGGGAGAAACUUUAUGAAUGUAAGGAGUAUUGGAAAAUUUUGCCAAAAUCACACUAUAUAACAUCAGAGAAUUUAUUACAAGGUGGAAAUCUUGUUAUAAAUGUGGGAAAGCCUUUUGUCAGAAGCAAUACCUCAUAACACAUGGAAUUCAAACAAGAUAGAGAACUUAAGAAUAUAAUAAAUGUGAAGGACUUUUUCCAAAAUCAAUGUGACCGUUGUGACAGAGUCUUUUGCUGGAAAUCACAUCCCAUACAAUAGGCACUCCCAUAAAGAAGAAAGGCCAGAAAUUUUAUCAGUGUGAAAAAAGCCAUUUGUCAGAAAUCAAUCAUUAUAUAUCAGAGAAUUCACACUGAGAGUUUCUUAGGAGUGUAAUGAAUGUGGAAAUAUAUAUUUCCUGGAAUUCAGGCUUGCAUAAAUAUAGAACUCAAAAAAGGAGAUAUCCUUCAAGUACAGCAGAUAUGAAAAAACCUUUAGCCAGAAAUUAAACAUCAACAAACACCAGAGAAUUCAUACCAAAAAAAUCAAUUUAAUGAAUGUGCAAAAUUCUUCUGCCACAAAUCAAUUCACAAGAAGGGACUCAGAAAUGAGAAAACAUGCAUGCAUAGAAAAGUUAUGUACUAUAAGUCAUCUCUCAAUGACUGACAAUUAACACAAAGGAAAAAAUCCUAUGACUGUAUUGUAAUGGGAUUAUAUUGUUAUUAUUAGACAAACUUCCACAAAACAUAACAAGAUUACAGAGAGAAGUCCCUGAAAUGUAAUGUGUUUGGAGGAAUUCUUUGGAAUCACAUCAUAGCAAGUAUUGGGUAGUUUGCAUGAUGAAUUGUUACAGAGAGUGGUUAUCCAUUCUUCAGAAAUUUUUUCUCUAAUACAACCUGUGGUUCUGGUUUCUCAUUAUUGUGAAUGUGACCAAGUAUAUGAACUGUGCUCUCAUGUGUAAAUUUUGUUAAUAAAUAUUUAAAA